GUUAAUUGCGUUACUAAAAAGUUCAUCCUUUUUGUUAAACUGUUGCUUUUGUUUUAUGCUUAAAGAAAAGGAUGAUAAGAAACAGCAAGAUUAUUUUAUACAACAGAAUUUUUCUUUUUGUCUGUUUAACCGGCUGUGUUAUCCAAUUGGCUGAUAUUUUUCGCAAUUAUAUUCAACACAGUGUUGUCUCUAAAGUUAUCCUUAGUUAUCCUGCUUCAAUCACGGUUCCAGAUUUAACUGUUUGCUCGGAAUAUAUUGAUGUAAUCAAUUAUACUGCUUAUCUAACAACAUGUCCCGAUAAAAUACCUACUGAAUGUGCUUCUGUUGAUGUUUCCACUGAAGAUGGUUUGCGCCAUUGUUUUGCUGAUGUCGUUGGUUUUAAUAAAAUGCGAUCUUUCAUCUCAUCAACUUUCACUGUUGCCCAAUUUUACAAUUUAACUUAUUCACCCAAAACCAUAUUCCCACAAGUUGAUUUAUCUGCUAAAUUUAAUGAUUCUCGUUGCUCGAUCACAUCUCUGUUUGCAUCCAAUCGUAUUUGUUAUACCAUCCAAUGUUCCUAUGGCUCGCCUUUGACAAUUACUCGUUAUACUCUUACCGAAGGCGAUCUUAAAGGUGCCAUGAUCGUGAUUACUGUUAACCAGUCCAUUGUUCGUGAUUGGGAGUUCACCUUUGUUUAUGUUCAUGAACCCUUUACUUUUCCCUAUGGAUAUGAAUCAAGUUGGGUUGGCUUAACUUUCAACCGAUUACCCUCAUUAUAUUUGAUUAAAUAUAAAUUGAUCAAAGUAGAUUUGCUGCCCAAACCCUACGUAACCGCCUGCCGAGAUUACGAAUCUAUUGGUUUUGACAAUAGACUUGACUAUUUUGAUCAUUGUAUCAAUCAAAGUUCAUUGGAAUACUUUGGGUUGCCUUCUCACAGAACAUUCAUGUAUCCCACUUUGAACAUAUCUUUUCCCUCCCAUCAAUUAAAUCGUCAAUCAGCAGCCUACCGAGUCAUUGAAAAUAAUUGUAUAGCUGAGAUAUCACAGCCUCAGUGUCACUACACUUUUUACAUUGCCUCCAAUGAAGGUUGGUACCCUACUGAUGACAAUACUUCUAAGAUCCUACUUUUGGCACCUAAUGAGCCAGAUCUUCACGCUAUUACACUUCCAGCUCAUGGAUUUUAUCAAUUUCUCAUUUUUGUGGAAACUAUUCUUGGUAUUUGGUUUGGUUUCAAUUAUUUUGGAUAUGGCCAAAAAAUUUUCUCCUCUUUGUAUGAGUAUUCAAAAAUUGAGCCCAAAUUACGCUGGCAACAAAUUAAGAAACAAAUGCUAUUGGGAAAGCUUGGAUCAAAAUCGAAGCAAGAAAAACCAAAUUUUAAUCGUAAAAGAAGCUCUAAAGUACAAGUUAUCAAAGUGGGUCAACCUUGAUUGAAACAUGAUUUUAAGGCGUUUGAUAUGUGAGCAUCAUCUGUAAAGAUUCUUAAAUUUCGAAGACAACAUUUCACCAACUUUUUUUAUCAUCAAUUUUUCAAGUCAGUUGUCAUAACAUUUGUUAUUCUAAAUGACAUUGAAAAAAAUCUUUAUGCAAUGAAUACGAUUGAAAUACGUUUGUAUCUUGUACGUAAUCCAGCUUAAUCCAUUCGAUAUCUAAGAAUUCUAUUUUUGCUUAAACCAAUUUGCUCCCUGAAGUUAAAAGAUUAGUCUUUAAAUAAUUUCAAUCCAUCAAAUUAAUCUGUGAGAGGAUUGUAUUAAUCUAUUUCCAAUAACUUCACAAACAUUUGCUAGUUUAGUAGCAGCGAAAUGAUCAGCUUAUCGUUCAUAUAUAUACAUUGCGUGUCCAAUACUGUAAAAUUCAUUUGAAUUAGCGGAAGCCGUUGAAUCAUAUUUUUGAUGGCAACAAAUAGCAAUAUUUAAAAAUCGAUUGGACAAUUAAUUACAGAUAUGCAGACUGUUCUGUUAUUAUCAAAUAACAUAGAGCUAAUAGAAAGUGUUAUAAGAACGUGAAAUAUCCACUAAAAUUACUUGUAAAUUUGCAAUUUGAUCUAACCCAUAACCCAUAAAAGAUGAAUUUUGCUAGAUUAAUCUGUGUAAUUGGCUGCGCAAUUCAACUGUUUGGUGUAUUAAAUAAUUAUUUCAAGAGAGAAGUUAUUUCUGAAGUGGAAUUUAAAUUUCCUCGUGAUAUUGAAGUUCCUGACAUCACCUUCUGUACCGAUUUCAUCAAUGCUGUCAAUUUUGAUCUUUAUUACAAUAACCAACGAUCGAAAAUUCCUGGAAGCUGUUCUCAUGUCAACAAUAGUGCAGACCUACGAAGCUGUUUGAUUGAAAAAUUUACCAUCAAAGAAUUUACCAAAUACAUCAGUCAACAAUACACCGUCAAUGCUUUUUAUGCCGAUCUGAUUAUCUGGCCAAUAAAUAUUUUCGAGGACAUAAAGUUCUGGAUCGAUUCACAUGAAUCUUUUAAAAAUCCCUUCAAGUCUGGAUUAUGUGGGAUUACACCUUACAUAAGAGAGCCACUCAUGUGUUAUACCGUACACUGCAAAAACAGUUCAUCAACAGGAAAGAUCAGUCCUUUAACCGUCAAACAACAGGAUUUACGAAUGUCACCAACUUUAAGGAGUAUUUUGCGUAUCAAAUUCAACGAGACAAUAUUUGAUCGGUGGGAUCGUACCUGGAUCUUUCUUACGCCUCCGGGAACUUUACCUAGAGGCUUCGAGAGUGCUUAUUUAAUAUUGAGAAGAGCAGCCGGUAAAACAAUCAAUUACUACAUAAGUUAUAAGCGAGUACAUGUUGAAUUACUUCCAUAUCCUUUCAAAUCAAAUUGUGUCUACUAUAAUGAAACAUUUAAUGGAAGAACCAGACUGGAACUGUUUGAAAAUUGUUUGAAUCAUCUAUCCAACCAGAGAUUGGGCACCAUUUUUUACUCAACCUUCAAUUCGGUCGAAGUAAACUCAACUCUUGCUUCUCCUCUACGAGAAAGUAGCCGCUACUUGCAUCAAUAUCACAAAAUUGAGAAACAGUGUUCCAAGUUAAUUGAUAAUCCAGAAUGUAUUUCAGAAUACUUCAUAACAUUAGGUUUAGGAUAUCAAGUACUCAACAAAACUUCAGAUCAAUCCACACAGCUAACAUUAUUAGCUCCGACUGAACCUGACUUAAUAAAAAAGAGCAAACCUGCAUUUAUCAUAUUUCAGGUGUUUCUUUAUGCUGGCUCAGUUUUAGGCGUUUGGUUAGGAUUCAAUAUUGUUUCUCAUACCGGUCAAAUCAUCUUGUUAUCUGGCAAUCGAGAUGAGGUAAAAUCAAACCCAAAUGGACAUCAGGACCAGAAAAUUUUAUUUACCAAGAAAACUGUUCGAAAUCGACCUAAAAAAUAUUUCAAGACCAUCAAGAUCCAAGCCUUUGAUUAGGAUGCGAAAAACUUGUUUCAUCCUUUCUUGGUUUAUCCUCAUUGCUUCUUGAUGAUCAACAAUUGGUUGAGGAUAAUGUUUACCAAUCUUGCA